AUGGCGUCGACGUCGAGCUUGGAGUUGGGGAAGAUCGUGCCGCCGGCCGGCUUCCUCCUCCACCGCUGCACCGCCGUCCUCAGCGCCCCUGUUCUCCGGGGGAGGAGCGCGAGCGGGCGGUGCGGCCUUGCCGUCUCGGUCUCGUCCUCCAAUGGUGCAGCUGGGCUCUCCCCACUGAGUGACUCGGAGAAGAAAGGCCCUGUGGUGAUGGAGAUCCCGCUGGAAGAUAUCCGGAGGCCGCUAAUGCAAACGCGUGCUAAUGAUCCUGACAAGGUGCAGGAGCUCAUGGACAGCAUCCGUGUCAUCGGCCUCCAAGUACCUAUCGACGUGCUGGAGGUUGACGGAGUCUACUACGGAUUCUCUGGAUGCCAUCGCUACGAGGCUCACCAGCGCCUAGGACUCCCAACCAUCCGCUGCAAAGUCCGCCGAGGGACAAAAGAAACACUGCGGCACCAUAUGCGAUGA